GGGAGACCGUACAAUUCUCCCUCGUCAGAGGAACCGCCGUGAUGCACGACACAGUUGAUCCGAAGGCAUUCCUAGGGGGGCAUCACUUCAGAGAUGGAUAGGGCAGCCCUCGGCACCUAUGAUGAUGAUGCCCUCGAGAACAAGAUCCUCCGGUCUUCUCUGACUGCUUGCAUCGCCCUCGGUGAACAAGCCCGGAGGGGGAAAGUGUUGCGUCUUGAGAAAGUGCAACAAGAUGAGCAAUUGAAGAAGCUUGUCCAUGACAACGCCGAAGCCGUGAGGCAGAUGGCAAAGUUGGAGGAAGCCCUUCAACAGAUGGAGCUGCAACUGGAGGCCGCUAAUAAGGGCAAGGCUGAAGCCGAGAAGACUGCUGUUGAGGCCGCCAAGAAAGCCGUCGAGGAGGCUGAGGAGGCCAAGAACAAGGCGAUUUCCGUUGCUCGGGAGGAAGCCGUAGGCGCCUUCGUGGCCGAGGGCUGGAGAGCUGAGGGGCGCAAACAGUGGCUGGCCUUGGUCAUGAAGGCAUCUGUUGAUGAGUGGUGCGGCGGCCCUGGGGUAGAGUGGCUGGCCCGGAAGGGCAAGGAAUACUAUGAUGGGGGCGAGUACUUUACUCAGGCCCUCAUCUACAGGAGGCUGGCUCGGCACUAUGGGGUGGAGCCGAAGGAUUUUGAUCCUGCC